GUUGGACUGAGAAAGAGAGAGGAAAGGGUGGGGAACACUUUGUCUCUGGAAGGAUUCAUUGCAUCUGCAAGAGCCAUUCUCACUCUAAUGUAUCUGUGGCCGACCCAUUCAUCUCUUCAUUUCUCAAACUCAAUAUAAUACUUUUCCACGCUACAAACUUACAUCAUAUCUCUCUCAAACAUUGUUUCUUUCUUCUUCUUCUUCUUCUUCUUCUUCUUCUUCUUUUUUGCCCUGCUUCGUGGGGUUUUUGCUCUCUAAUGUUCUUAGCCCUUCAAGCUUUGAUCGCCGUCUCUGCGUUGUUCUUGAUCAUAGUUUCAGUUCUUUUUGCUCUUUCUGAGGAUUUUCAGCUGUUGGGUAUUGCUUUUUCUCUGUCGUCGUCAUGCCUACCCUCGUCAAUUGCAGUGGUGAUGACGAACUCUAUCUUGGGGGUUCUUUGUGCACUGUUGGUCCCAACUUUGACGUGUACUAUCGUCCUAACAAGCGAGCUCGCAUCAAUGCGCCAUUUACAUAUGAAAAUCUUCACUUUGAGCAAAAUCAAAUUCAGAAGCCAACUAUUGAGGUUCUUCCAGAUGAAUGUCUCUUUGAGAUAUUCAGACGGCUCCCCAGCAGCAAAGAGAGGAGCUUAUGUGCCUGUGUAUCUAAACAUUGGCUUAAUCUUAUGAGCAGUAUAUGCAAAGCUGAAAUCUGCAAAUCCGAUAAGCCUACUUCCUCUGACAUGGAAACGAUCUUUGCUGGUGAGGAUCAAGAUAUUGAAGGUGAUGGCUACCUUACCAGGUGUUUGGAAGGGAAGAAGGCAACUGACGUAAGACUUGCUGCGAUUGCAGUAGGGACUAGUGGCCGUGGAGGACUGGGGAAGCUGUCUAUCAGAGGUAGCAACUCUGUAAGAAGUGUUUCUAAUAUUGGCCUCUCAGCUGUUGCUCAUGGUUGUCCUUCUCUAAGAUCACUUUCUUUGUGGAAUGUCUCUUCGGUUGGGGACGAAGGUCUGUCUGAGAUAGCCAAAGGAUGUCAUAUGUUGGAGAAGCUUGACCUGUGCCAGUCUUCCUCAAUCAGCAAUAAGAGCUUGAUCGCAAUAGCCGAGGGUUGCCCAAAUUUGACCACCUUAAAUAUUGAAUCAUGUACAAAGAUUGGGAAUGAAGGCUUGCAAGCUGUUGCAAAGUCUUGUCCUAAGUUGCAGUGCAUCUCUAUUAAGGACUGCUCUCUUGUUGGUGAUCAUGGAGUAUCAAGUCUGCUAUCAUCAGCAUCCAACCUUUCAAAGGUAAAGCUUCAGUCCUUGAACAUAACAGAUUUUUCUCUGGCUGUCAUUGGCCACUAUGGAAAGGAAGUUGCCAACAUGGUCCUCAGUGGUCUGCCAAAUGUCAGUGAAAGGGGCUUUUGGGCCAUGGGCAUAGCUCAAGGUCUACAGAAACUAGUCUCAUUGACAGUUACUUCUUGCCGUGGGGUAACUGAUGCAAGCAUCGAAGCCAUCGGCAGAGGGUGCUGGAAUCUGAAGCAGGUGUGCCUUCGCAAGUGUUGCUUUGUAUCUGAUGGAGGACUGGUGGAAUUUGCCAAAGCCGCGGUAUCUCUCGAGAGCUUGCAGUUGGAGGAGUGUAAUAGGAUCACCCAGUCUGGAAUUAUUGGUGCUGUUUCAAACUUCAAAACAAAGUUGAAGUCCCUUACCCUUGUGAAGUGCAUGGGAAUUAAGGAUAUUGGUUGCGAAGUAUCUAUGCUUUCUCCAUGUGAAUCUCUUUGUUCACUGUCUCUAAGAAACUGCCCUGGCUUCGGUAGCGGUAGCUUGGCUAUGGUUGGGAAGUUAUGCCCCCAACUUCAGCAUGUUGAUCUUACUGGGCUUUAUGGCAUAACAGAUGCUGGUUUACUCCCUCUAUUGGAGAAUUGUAAGGCAGGACUUGUCAGUGUGAAUCUUACUGGAUGCUGGAACUUGACAGACAACAUCAUUUCAGCUUUGGCUCGGUUACAUGGUGAAACCCUGGAAGUACUCAAUGUUGAUGGAUGCAGGAGGAUAACUGAUGCAAGCAUGGCUGCCAUUGCACACUACUGCAUGCUAUUGAAUGAUCUGGAUGUCUCAAAGUGUGCAAUCACUGAUGCUGGUUUAGCCAUCCUAUCCGGUGCCAGGAAGUUAAGUUUGCAAGUUCUUUCCUUGUCUGGCUGUUCUGAAGUAUCAAACCAAAGCAUUCCAUUCCUGACAAAGUUGGGCAAGACCUUGGUAGGAUUGAAUCUUCAAAACUGCAACUCAAUUACCAGCAGUUCAAUCGAGUUGCUCAUAGAAAGCUUGUGGAGAUGUGAUAUUCUAGCAUGAACAAGACAAUAAAAAUAGAUACAUACCGCUUAUUUCAGCUCACAGGAAGUGAUAUUCAGCAAACUUUUUGGGCUCUGAUGAUAUGCCCUAUCAACAAACAACAGACAUGGUGGUGGUGGUUUUGGUGACUUGGUUGUUUUCCAUGGAACUUUGGCCAAUCCUUUUUUUGCAAGCAGUCUACAUUUACAAGACUGCUUGUUCCAAACCCUUUUUGGCAUCCUUCCGAUGUCAUCUUUUCUGGCUACAGUUCCCUGAGAAUACGGUCACCGAGGAAGUCACGGUUGGUGGUAGUUUCCACUUAUGGAUAUGGUAUAUGUUGGGUCUUAUUCUGUAUUGCUGGAUGAUCUUCUGUUGAGUGUUGUAGCUUUUGUGUGAUGGUUUAGUUCGGUUUGAUUUUUCUUUUGAUGAGUAUGGCUGUCUAAGGCAAUUCAAGUGGUGUGAGUCUCGCGUGCAAGGGCUUUGGUCUCUAUUACAGCCUGUGUUGGGUUUUCCCCCCCCCCCCCCCCCUUGUUUGUUAAACCAAGUCCUUGUUUUUGUAAGGCUUCUCUAGCUCAUGAAUUGUACUCUGCAGAAUACUGUCAUUUUAUAAUGAAAAUAACUACUUGGCCAGUUGUUCUUAUAAUUGGAUUCA